ACCUCAACAGUCAACUUGGCAAGAAAGAAGUGCACUUUCAUUUUCGGUUCUCCUCAACUUAUAACAGACAGCCUUGCUGUCAUCUUCUGACUGAUUUUCAGCUUCUUAGAGCACUGUGUUCCUGAGGAGCCCGAGGCAGGAGGAGAGCACCAGGCGUGACCCAGCACUCAGCACCUGUCCCCUGGCAGCAGCGCUCAAGCCAGGUCACCAUGGCAACUGGACCCAGGAUGAUGGCCCCCAUAUGUCUAGUGGAAAACGAGGACAAUAGGCUGAAGGUGAAUUCAGAUGCAAUAAAUAUUCUUGAAAGGACAUCUGAGCAUGUGGUCAUUGUGGCCAUUGUAGGGCUGUAUCGUACAGGAAAAUCAUACCUGAUGAACCGCCUGGCUGGACAGAACCACGGCUUUCCUCUGGGCUCCACAGUGAGGUCUGAAACCAAGGGCAUCUGGAUGUGGUGUGUACCCCACCCCUUGAAGCCAAACCACACUCUGGUCCUUCUGGACACUGAGGGCCUGGGCGACAUAGAAAAGGGUGACCCUGAGAAUGACUUGUGGGUCUUUGCGCUGGCUGUGCUCCUGAGCAGCACCUUUGUGUACAACAGCAUGGGCACCAUCAACCACCAGGCCCUGGAGCAGCUGCACUACGUGACUGAACUCUCAGAACGAAUCAGGGCAAAGUCCUCUCCCCAAACUGAUGAAUUAAAGGACUCUGCCGAGUUUGUGAGUUUCUUUCCAGACUUUAUUUGGACCGUAACACUGGAGCUGGAGUUAGAUGGACACCCCAUCACGGAAGACGAGUACCUGGAGAAUGCCUUGAAGCUGAUUAAAGGCAAGAAUCCCAAAAUCGAGAAUUCCAACAUGACUAGAGAGUGCAUCAGGCGUUUCUUUCCAAAACGGAAAUGCUUUGUCUUUGAUCGGCCAACAAGUGACAGUGAACUCUUACUCCAUAUCGACCAAGUGUCAGAAGACCAGCUGGAUUCUAAGUUCCAGGUGCAAUCAGAAAAUUUCUGUAACUAUAUUUUCAACAAUGCAAAGACAAAGAACUUGAGAGAGGGAAUUAUCAUCACUGGAAACCGGCUGGCGACUCUGGUGGUGACCUACGUGGAUGCCAUCAACAGUGGCGCUGUGCCUUGUUUGGAGAACGCCGUGACAACCCUGGCCCAGCGCGAGAACUCGGCAGCUGUGCAGAAGGCAGCCAACCACUACCGUGAGCAGAUGGCCCAGCGACUGAGGCUCCCCACGGACACUCUCCAGGAGCUGCUGGACGUGCACGCAGCCUGUGAGAAGGAAGCCAUUGCGGUCUUCAUGGAGCUCUCCUUCAAGGAUGAAAACCAGCAGUUCCAGAAAGAGCUUGUGAUCAUCAUAGAGAAAAUGAAGGAAGAUUUCUUGCUGCAGAAUGAAGAGGCAUCUAUCAAAUAUUGCAAGUCUAAGCUUGAGCAUCUUUCAGAGCCUAUGAUGAAAAGCAUUUCAGGAGGAAAUUUCUCUGUUCCUGGAGGGUAUGAUCUCUAUUUAGAAGCAAAGAAAGAAGUUGAAUGUGCCUAUAAUCAAGUGCCCAACAAAGGAAUUAAGGCAAAGGAUAUACUCCAGGAAUUCCUGCAGUCGCUGGCACCAAUGGAAGACUCCAUCCUGCAGUCAGACAUAGCCCUAACUGCUGGAGAGAAGGUCAUAGCAGCGGAGCGGGCCAAGAAGGAGGCCGCUGAGAAGGAACAGGAGCUGCUAAGACAGAAACAGAAAGAGCAGGAGCAAAGAUUGGAGGCUCAAGAGAGAAGCCACCAGGAACACGUACACCAGCUGAAGGAGAAGCUGGAGAGGGAGAAAGAAGACUUCCUGAGAGAGCAGGACAGGGUGCUGGAACACAAGAUGCGGGUCCAAAGAGAAAUGCUCAUUGAAGGAUUUGAAAGUAAAUCUGAGGAGUUAAAAAAAGAGAUAAAACAACUAAAAGAAGAGAAAGAAAGAAAACAAACAGACUUCUCAACUGUAGCACACAUCCUGGAUGAAAUUGGCAAUGUAGUGAUCGCAGUAGCACCUUUAAAUCUUAAGAUGGCUGGUUUAGGGCUCAAAUUUAUCGGUUCACGUUUAAAAGAAACUCAAAAUUCCCAGUGAGGGAGUUAUUAAAUGAGACUUUUUUUUCAAUAGCAUGACUCACUUUUAAAUAUAUGUGUAAUAGCUUUUUCAUCAAAGAAAAGUUAAAAAAUAUAAAGUAAUUACAAAGGAUAACAGGGCCUACCAGUCAAAAAACAAACUAACCAACUUAAUUAUGAUUGGAUUACUUAAUUUUAAAUAGUGGAAGCCAAAUUAGAUCAUGAAAUUAUUCAUGUAAAAGACUUAACUAAAGUGAAAAGACAAAUGGCUAGAUGAAGAAAACAUUUAUCAUUUAUAUUAUAUUCACAGAGUUCACUAAUGUUAUAAUGAGUUCUUUUAAACCAGUGAAAAGUGAGAAAAAA